AUGGCUACUGAAGUUCAACACCGGCAAGUAUAUAGUUAUGGAAAUGGGCCUAGUUGCCAGGAGACCAAAGGUUUCACUCCAGGCAAUUUCAGUGUUGAAGUUACAAUUUACGACGAUACUAGCGAGAAUAUGAUUAUAUCCAGCAGUAGAGAUUGUAUACUGACAGUGUUGCCUGUUGCUCGAGAAACAUCAAAGUGUUCGUUAGGUACAUCUGUAACUGUGCAGCUGCCUGAGCCUACAUCUGUAACUGUGCAGCUGCCUGAGCCUACAUCUGCAACUGUGCAGCUGCCUGAGCCUACAUCUGUAACUGUGCAGCUGCCUGAGCCUACAUCUGUAACUGUGCAGCUGCCUGAGCCUACAUCUGUAACUGUGCAGCUGCCUGAGCCUACAUGA